AUGAUUACACCAACUUUUCAUGCUAAAUCGACUACGCUUCAAGUAGUGAAAGGUUUUAAUGCAAAUAUUGAUGGAAAACUUGUUCUCAUUACUGAUUGUAUCGCAAUUGAAACAGCUCGUGCAUUAGCAACAGUAAAUGCACAUGUGGCUAUUAAAGCACGAGAUAUGAAUAAAAGUGUAGAAGUUGUAGAAGAUCUUAAAAAAACAACUAGCAAUGAUAAAAUCGAAGUGAUGAAACUUGUUCUAAUAGAACAUUCAGUUAUUGAUCUAACAUAUAUUUCUAUCAUUCUAUUAACUAUAGACAAUGGCGGUGUUAUAAUAUGUCCAUAUGGAAAAAUAGUUAACGGUUUUGAAACUCAAUUUCGUGUUAAUCAUUUAAGUCAUUUUCUUCUUGCUACACGUCUUAUACCUAAAGUUAAAGUAGGUACACCAUCACAUGUUGUUAUCGUUAGUUCACUUGCAAACAGACGUUGUGGUAUUAAUUGGGAAGAUAUUAAUUGA